AUGAACGGAUCCUCUUCUGCAGCCUCUCUCCCGCUGGGUCUGCACCUGGGAUGCAGGCCAGACCUUGAUGCAUCCUUCACCAUCCCCUCCUCCCUGCCUUCUCCGCCACUGCAAUUCCAACCUCCCUCGCCCACCACCACAAACAUCGCCAUCUCCUCCCUCGGCAAUGUCCCCACCACCUCCCCCUCCCCGCCCACGUAUCCCCUGUGUGCGCGGCUGUUCAAGCGCGCUGUGCCACGCAGUGAGUACCUGCACCAGGCGCACCUGCUCUCCUUCUGGCUGCUGCACCCGCACGAGUUCCCCUGGGCUGGUGCUGCUGCUGCUGGGGAUGCUGGGGAUGCUUGUGUCACUUUUGGGGAUUCUAAAUCUCCCUGCGCGUCUGCUGGGGGAGAAGGGUGUGGGGGAGAGCAAGGGGAGGAGAUCAAGCAAGGGGGAGAGGGCGUGGGGGAGGGAGAGGAAGGGUCUGUUGCUGCUGGUGCGAGAGUGAUGGUGAUUGGUGGGGAGGGAGGAGCAGGUGAGAUGAUGACCGGAGUUGAAUCAAGAGGAGUGGAUGGUGAAGCAGGGGAAGCAGGGGAAUCAGGGGAAGCAGCAGUGGAGGCAUUUGCAAGUGUGGACGAGGCAGCAGAGGCUCUCACUCAGCUGAAACCAUGCCGAUCAGUUUCUCACCCCCCUGCUCAUCCCGCUGCUGCUGCUUCUGGCGCAGUACGCGCAAUCGCUGCUUUGAAUUUCCCAGGAAGCAACGAUGCUGAGUAUCGUUGCUCAUUCCUUGCCUCCUUGCCUCCCCCCCCCCCGUUCCCUUCUUCCCCCCUCUUCCCCUUCCCCUCUUCCCCACUUCCACCCGCCCACCCUUUCCCCUAUGCACCCAUCCACCCGUCCACCCCACGUGCUGCAGACGUAGAGGAGGAGGAAGCGGCAGUGGCGGUGAGCAGGACGAGGGGGAACGGCGAGGGCAAGGAGAAGGACACGAGCAGGAACGGCAAGAAGGACGCGCACCUGCUCAAGCUGCCCAAGGACAUGCAGGGCCGCUGGUCCAAGGAGCGGUACCGCACGGCCCAGGUGAAGCUGGUGGACAUCAUGCGGGCGCAGGGCGCGAGGCCCGGGAAGCCGAUGCUGCGGCCGGUGCUUCGGGAGGAGGCUCGGCGGUACAUCGGAGACACGGGGCUGCUGGACCACCUGCUGAAGCACAUGACCGACACCGUGGUGCCGUCGGGGCAGCGCUUCAGACGCAGGCACAACAGCGAGGGCGCCAUGGAGUACUGGCUGGAAGACGCUGGACUCAUGGCCAUCAGAGCGGCGGCUGGCAUCAGUGACCCCACGUGGGUGCCCCCACCUGGCUGGAAGCCAGGGGCAGACCCCCAUUUGCCAUGCGGUACCAAGCGGUGCCACAAGGUUGAGAGGGAUGUGGAAAAGAUGGGGGGCACUGUGUCUGCCAUGCGCAGGGAGCUUGAGGAGCUGAGGCGGCAGGUGGGAAAGAUCUCCUCCAAAGGCAACCAGCAGCAGCAGCAGCAGCAGCAGCAGCAGCAGCAGCAGCAGCAGCAGCAGCAGCCGACCUCUUGUAUCACAAAUGGGAGCAUGUGGGAGGCAAAUCACUCGACCCUGCACAAUCUGCUCACUAAUGUAUGGGAGGAGCUAAAGCAGCACAACAAGCUCAAUCAGCAGAUCCUGCUCGCACUCAACACCAGCAACAGCGAAGUACUGGAUGCCAUCACAUGCCAGGCCGCCAAGUCCCUGCCUGCCAUUCUCGCUGCUGCUGCUGGCACCCUGCUCUCCCUGCCCCACUCCGACCUCCACGCUCCUAACGCACAGCAGCAGCAGCAGCAGCAGCAUGUGCAGGGGAACACCAGGAGCACCAACACCCUCCCUGCUCUUGUUCUCCCCCCCGUCUCCGCUGCACCGCCAGUUCAGGAGCAACUCUCCAGUGUGCCAAGGCACUUUAACGGAAGCGAGCAGCAGCAGAGCGACCACCAGCCAUUCUCCGCUGCUGCUACAGAUGUGAAGCCUCUGCUAAAUAGCUCUGCUCAGCAGUCAGCAGCAGCAGCAGCGGUGCAUAGAGUGGCACAUGCUACUCACGGCAAGACACUUGGGCUGCUCAAGCUCCCCCCUUGUGUCACUCAGAAUUUGCCACUUUCUAGACUCCUGCCGCAGUGA